ACUACCCUAAUUUGAAGAAAAAUUGUAGAAUGAGAAUCAACUGCUUGGAAGAUCAAAGGUUGAAGGGGUUACAGGAUCUGGCCGAGUUAGGAGACGUCGAUAAAUUAUUUUCAGUACUCACGAAGGAUCUAUAUGUUUUGGAGGAUGUUGAAAAGAUACCAUUAGUGACUACUCCCUUACACACAGCUGUAAGCCAAGGAAAGAUCCAUUUCGCCAAGGAAAUAGUAAACUUAAAGCCAUCAUUUGCUUGGAAGCGAGACGAACGAGGGCUUAGCCCCCUCCAUUUGGCUUUGGAAGGGAAGCGCCUGCAGGAACGGCAGGAUCCUCGUGAUCAAAAUUUGGAGUGGGAGUUCCAGGAACUUAUAACUUGGUUGAUUAAACAUGACAGUGGGCUUGUCCGUGUUAAAGCAAUGGGAUUGGUUACUCCUUUGCACUAUGCAGCUCAAGUAGACGAUGAAUCCAGCUUGGCUGAGUUUUUGCAUGCUUGUCCAUCAUCAAUCGAAGAUUUGACUGUUAAAUCUGAAACUGCUGUCCAUGUCGCCAUAAAAAAGGGGAGUCUCAAAGCCUUUAAAGUCUUGUUAGGAUGGCUUCAACGCGUCCACAAACUGGGGAUCCUGUACAGGGAGGACGAAGAAGGAAACAAUGCAUUGCAUACAGCAGUAUCUGCAAGUAAACCUGAGAUGGUGAAGCUGUUGCUUCGACAUAUGGGAGUGAAUGAAAGGAACAGUAAAGGCUUGACAGCUUUGGACAUGUUUAACGAUCGCCAAGGUCAAGGUUCGGUAGAUGCAGCAGUUGGGGACAUUCUACUUGCUGCUAAAGCUAAAACUGCAUCUCAACUCCAUCGUCCUUCACAAAAAAGUUCACUAGGCGAGAAGUUUUCAGGUGGCUUAUCGUAUUCAGAAAAACUUCGGCUAACCUUUCGUGGAUUACCAACGCGCUGAUAAAACUUCUCUUGAAGUCCGAAACGUACUGCUUGUGGUAGCUGUAUUGGUAGCCACAGCGACCUAUCAAGCUGCACUAAGCCCCCCCGGAGGAUUUUGGCAAGACGACGGCAAUCUGCAGCCAGCAGCCAACAACGCUAGUAUCAGUAACACCAGCACCAGCACCAGCGUCUUUGGUACAGAGCCUCCUGAACACCGUGCAGGGAAAAUGAUUCUGGGGUCUCCACUCCAAUUAUUAUUUUUGACAACUAAUUCUUUGGCCUUUGUAACGUCUUUGUGCUUAAUUUACACUCUCGUAGCUGGGCUCCCAUUUUACGCUUUAAUUAUGGCAAUGAUAGGUUGGAUGGCACUUUCGUAUUGUUGUUCUAUUUUAGAAACUUUUUACUCCACCGACAGUAUCGUUGCAACGACUUGCUUUUCCAUUUUUCUGUUUGUAAGUGCUCUUGCUGUACCUUUUUAUGCCUUUAUUUUAAAUGCCUUAGAAUGAUACUGCCACGAGACGUGUAAACUUAGGAACCUAGGAAGAAAAGUGAAUUUAUUUUUAGCAGCCGCUCGAUUAUAUUUUGUUGUUAGAGUCGGCAAUACUGUUCGUAAUGUUAUUGUUGCCCGUGCUUUUAAU